AUGGCGGACAGUUCACACCAGAAAAGGCAGUCGCUUGACCAGUCGAAUAACAAGGAACUCGACCUCACCGAGAAAAGCAUCUCGCAGGGAAAUAGCUCUCACGAUGCCGAGCCUCAAGAACCAGUUGACCCAAACACGGCACUGGAGCAAACCGUCACAACAGAGUCAACCAAGUACCCUCCGAUGGCCAAGAUUCUUCUCAUCAUGCUCUCACUUUACGUCUCCAUGUUCCUGAUCGCCCUGGACCGGUUGAUUAUCGCUACCGCAACACCCAAAAUCACCGACGAAUUCCACAGUCUAAACGAUAUCGGCUGGUAUGGAAGUGCCUUCAUGUUGACAUCGGCCGCAUCGCAGCUGAUCUAUGGACGGAUCUACACCUUCUAUCCCGCAAAAUGGGUCUUCUUAUGCUCCGUUCUGAUUUUCGAAGUCGGCUCUGCGGUCUGCGGCGCCGCCCCAUCAUCCGUCGCGUUCAUCAUCGGCCGCGCUGUCGCGGGUCUCAGGUACGGGAGGCAUCGCCUCGGGAAUGGGAUUGGCGGUGUCAUGUUCGGCAUUGCUUCCGUGUUGGGGCCGAUCCUGGGUGGUGUCUUCACGACCAAUGUCAGCUGGCGCUGGUGUUUCUAUAUCAACCUGCCCUUCGGUGGCGUGGCAAUGGUCAUGAUAUUUAUCUUGCUUGAUGUGCCGCCGCCGGUAAGUGGGCACUUCAAUCUGAAGCAGAAGCUCAAUCAGCUCGACCCGCUCGGCAACCUCUUCCUCAUUCCUUGCGUGAUCUGCUUACUCCUGGCGCUGGAGUGGGGCGGUGCUUCAUACGCUUGGGGGAAUUGGCGCAUCAUCUUGCUCUUCGUGCUCUUCGGCGUCCUCCUGAUCCUCUUCAUUGGAUGGCAGAUCAAAAUGGGGGAGCGAGCUUUGGUUCCCCCCCGCAUUUUCAAGCAGCGAUCCGUUUUGGCGGGUUUUUUAUGGACGGCCUGCAUGAAUGCCGGUAUGAUGGUUGUGCUCUACUACCUCCCCAUCUGGUUCCAAGCGAUCAAGGACGUCGAUGCCGAACAGUCCGGCAUCAUGAACCUGCCUCUCGUGCUGUCCAUGGUGGUCGGCUCGGUGGGAUCAGGCAUCUUGAUCUCUGCUCUCGGAUACUACAACCCUUUCAUGUACGCCUGCGUGGUCUUGAUCUCCAUCGGAAUGGGUCUCAUGACCACCUUCACCCCGUCCACGGGCCACCCGAAGUGGAUCGGAUACCAGGUGAUCUUCGGCUUCGGGCUGGGUCUUGGGAUGCAGCAAGCGAAUGUGGCCGUCCAAACCUGUCUCAAGCCCACCGAUGUGCCCGUUGGCGCUUCCCUGCUUAUGUUCUCGCAGCAGCUGAACGGGGCUCUCUUCACCGCUAUCGCGCAAACGCUGUUCGGAAACUUCCUUCGGGAGAAUCUGAGAAAGAUCUCGGGCAUCAAUGUCGACCACGUCGUCAAAUUGGGCGCCACCGGAAUCCGGCAGGGUGUGCCGGCCUCGAAGAUGGGCGCUGUCAUCGAAGGAUACAGCGAUGCGAUCACAAGAACUUUCAUCCUCGGUGUUGUGAUGGGUUGUUUGUCGGUAUUUCCGGCAUAUAUGAUGGAAUGGAAGAGUGUUAGGAAGGACCAUCGUAAGAAGGAAAAGAAGCAGGAUACCGAAGCCCAGGCAUAA